AUGGUCAAUUCAUUAUAUGGAAAGAGCAUUGAAGAUAAGCGGAAACAUUCCAAAGUUAAAGUAGUGACAAACGGUCAACAAGCAAUGAAACAGAUUAGAAAGCCAAUGUUUGAACACUUUUACAUUCUGGAUAAUGAUUUGGCAAUAAUAAAAUUACGUAAAUUUGAGGUUAAACUGGAUAAGCCAAUUUACCUUGGAUUCACAGUACUAGAACUAUCAAAGCUUCGGAUGUAUGAACUACAUUACGAUCACUUUCAACCUCUUUAUGGAGAUAACCUAAAUCUUGUUUACACUGACACUGACAGCUUCAUUUAUCAUAUUGAAACUGAAGAUAUUUAUAAUGAUUUAAAAUCAAUGUCAGCAAUUAUGGACUUUUCGGAUUACCCUGAAAAUCAUUUCCUCUAUGAUGUUUCAAACAAAAAGAAACUUGGGCUACUAAAGGACGAGAUGAAUGGUCAAGUUAUUGAUGAAGUUGUCGCCAUCAAAUCAAAGCUUUAUGGAAUUAAAUAUGGUUCAAAGAUAAAAAAGACCGCUAAAGGAACUCAAAAGGCAACCGUUCGUGAUGAGAUAUUGAUAGAAGACUACAAGACCUGUCUCUACGAUAGUGUGUUAUUCAGACAUGAUAAUUACAGAUUACAAUCUAAACAUCAUCAGAUUUCAAGUAUAAAAACAAAUAAAAUAUCUUUAUCUCCAUUGGAUGACAAGAGAUAUAUACGCGAGGAUGGGGUAUCAACAUAUGCAUUUGGACAUUAUAAAAUUGUUUAA